GUUUUUCUUUCACUCCUUUUUUUUUUAGCUCUCUCCCCGCGAGCACCCAGCCCAUAUACGCCGGCGUCACGAUGGCCUCACUCGAUACAAUCCCUUCCAUCUAUUGGAUCCAGCUUGCGUGGCUAGACCCACUCAUCUCCUUCGGCACCAUGCUUCAGGCCCUCUUCGCCCCCGACAUGCUCUUCGCGAUCUACCUCCCCAGGCACCUCGUGGCGGCGGUGCCUUUCCCGCCCCUGUACCGCCCGCUACUGCACCAAGUGGGCGCGUGGUACCUGUUCCACACGAUCGUGAGCGGCGCCACCCCGCGUGUUACGCGUGACAGGAACGUGUGGAAGAUGUUGCAGGUGGCAAUGCUCGCCAUAGACUCGUGCCUCCUAUGGGACUUUUAUGGCAUCGUUGCGGAGCAGGGCCGAGCCGACCCGCGAGCGUGGAAGAUGGGGGAAUUGGCCGGCGUGGCUUACGUUGCUUGCGUUUGGGUGCUCCGGCUAUCGUUUGUGGUCGGCGUUGGGCUGUCAAGGAGGACGGUUACCAGUGAUGGUGGUGUAAAGAAGCAAGCCUGAUAAUUCAGACUGUUAUACGAGGUAAAUUCAGUGGAAUGACAAUAAAAAUGGCUACCUCUGUGUUCGCUAGAUACAAAUAGAGCGCUACAUACCCAGCAAUACUGGAGGUUCUCAUACAUGAGUGGAUAAGCAGACCACGUACUCGUCCUCAGAUGCAUCGCCGAGUGGCUCGUCCUCC